UAGCCAAUAAUAAUACACACCAAUAAUUUUUAGUUGCCACGGAAGACACUGAAUUCAUGUGUACCUAGAUUACUUAUUGGACAAGUCCUGCUGCCCGGGCAAGUACCACUUACAGGAUCCCAUACACAUGGAUUCCAUACUCCUAUACUAAUACAUAGGUAUAACGUAAAUUAUGUGCGUAAUAUUAGAGCGUGAUGUCUAAAGACUGUCCUAAGAAAAAGUCAAAUGACCAGGCCUAUUCCCACCUACGGGAUCUCCUAAUACUGCUAAUACUAUCAGUUGCGUUGUAUGUAGUAACGGCGGUAACAUUAACCAAAGCUGCAGCACUGGACUUAGCAUACGUCGCAAACUAUUUGGGCUGUGCCGCCUUCCUUCUGGGCUCCAUAGCAUACAUCUUUGUACCGUUUGUACAGGCGUAUAAAAAUGCGUCUUCUUGUAAGUCGUCUGAACAAGCUGGAAAAGGAUCACCGUGAUAAGCUUUAGAUACGCUAUGGCAUAUCUACGGGGUGUUCACGAAGUUACUGUUGUAUAUGUCUCUGUGGCAGUCGAUUACUUUACUGCCGAUAUAUGAUUUACUAGAUUUUGCGGCGCUACACUAACAACUGUUAUAUAAUCUUUCAGAAGCUGGAUAUCGCAUCGAUGUCACACCAUGUUGCUGGCUCAUAGUGGAGAAUACGCUCAAAACUCUGACAACACAAAGUCAUGCGCGAGGAAGUUGAACAACGCUACCAGGCAUUAUUGAAAGACAGCUGUAUGCCACUAUAGAAGAUGCUAGAACAAUGAAAGCAUAAGUUAAAUGAAUGCUGUGUAAAUGUACCUAAAACUGGGAAGAUUGGCUGACUAACCAGGACACGUUAUGCUUUGAUGCAUCUCCCAAAAGGUAUUUAAUAGUGUCAACUAGUACUUUUAGUCACCGAGUAUUGUAUGAAAAUGGAUAUUAAAGGCAAAGCAAAUCCCAAACUGAACAGGAUAAGACCCACACUGUAUAUACUCAAUGGAAAUGUCUUUACUACAUCAACCGAAUAAACAUUGUGCGUUGAGAAAUAACAGCAACUCGGGAUUUAUUACAGUCAUGUAUGGAUGAGGGAACGAAGUGUCUUUUCUGGUUAAACUGCGGAGUCUGGGAGGAUAAACGUUGAUUGUCAAAGUAAAUGUUGACAUAGAGACUAAUAGAGUCACUAUGUUGGACACCAAUUAAUGUAGAGGUGGAUCGAUAGUGUAGUAGUGGGUGUAUACCUGACGGUAUAACCCAGGGUCUAGGUUAAGGUAGAGAUGUACCCGUUGUCGCAUCA